AUACAUUUAAAUAUGGCUGCGCCCAUGAGAAGCAUGAUGGAGAAGGUACUAAACAACAAUUUUCACAAGUAUGCGGUUCAGAGAUCCGGAGACUUACAAUUGCAGUCGUUUGUCAAAGUAAUUGAGACGAACACACUGCUUCUGAAAAGGGGUGACGAGGGCAGUAAUGACAUUGUUGGCUACAUUCACCAGUGUCUAAACAACUCCAAACAGCGAUAUGAGGGUUUGAUGCUGCUUAGUGUUCUAGUUAAACAGAGCUCUACAGCUGUAUUCCAGAAGAAUGCAGUCACUUGGCUGAAGUUGCUACUUAAUAUUUUGCAGGGUCACUGCCCAGUGCUAGUGCACAAAGCCUGUUGUAAGUUGCUGUCACAGGUAAUCUAUCAUUCAGACAGCUUCUCUGAUGUCUCAAGGGAGGUAACCAGCUCAUUCAUCCCACAGUUGUUGCCCUUGUUGCUUUCCUGUGAACCUAGGUGUCUGUCAGCUGCCCUGACAUGUGUGAGCACGUGUAUCAGGAAGUACCCUGGGCCAGUGGGGCCAUUCAAAGGAAAGCUUCAAACCCUAGUGGAGCAAGAAUUAGCCAAUGGAAAGAAUUAUGCGGAGCUCUAUGAGUGUUUUGCACUGCUAACAAGCUGUGGUUCCGGUGGUAACCUUGGGGUUAAACACACAGAGGCCUGGUCAGAACUAGCGGAGUGGGUGUUGGCCAGUUUACAUGAGACCCUCAGUUGCAUGUACAGUGAUAAGAAUAUGGGAUUGUACAACUCCUUAACGCUUUCCCGCUCAGAAGCAAAGAGAAAAUGGCUGUGUGCAACCAGCAUAAAACCAGACCAGCCGGCUCAGGAAGCAGUUGCACCUGGAAACCACUUGCAGGAUUACCUCCCAUUGAUUUCAGUCACAAUGACAGAGUUGUGACCCUUGUCAAAAGGUGGUGUUCCCUCACCAAGUGUAUGCAAGCUUUACUAAGAGGACUUCAAUGCUGUGGCAAGAGUGCCAGCCGAUGACAUCUGAACAUCAUAUUCCACUGCCUGUCUGUCGACACUAAUAUGUUGAUGAGCCGCCCAACUAGUGAGAGGUCGCUACUGGCCAGCUUCAGUCAGGACGUGCACAUACAUGCUCUAUACUUGCUUCAGCAGCUCAUCACGCUCUGUGGCAGGAACCUGAUCCCCAGGGGGUGAUGAUAGUU